AUGACAAACUUAGAAAACAUCUGUGGCAAGUUUAACUCCUCAAUAGAGAAUAUGAAACUUAUAGUUUGCAAUGAACUUCAAAGUAUAGAUACAACAAAAGUUUUGAACUCAGAUGCUUUGAAGAGUCUUAUAACAGAUAAAGUUGGAGUUGUUGAAAGAAAGUAUAAAGACCAAAGAGUUUGUGAAAAUGUUGCAAACUUCAUUAUGGUUUCAAACAAUGCUGUUCCGAUGAAGUUAGAAAGUUCUGACAGAAGAUAUGUAGUUGUCAGAACGUCAGAUUCUCAUAUGCAAGAUACAGAAUAUUUUGACGACUUAGCAGAAACUUUGACAUCUGACUUUUACAACCACUUGUUCUCAUAUUUUAUGACAUUAGAUAUUUCUAAGUUCAAUCCAAGACAAAUUCCACAUACCGAAGAGAGACAAACAUUGUUAGAAGCAAACAAGAGUGUAUAUGAACUGUUCAUAGAUGAAACUGACUUUGUGUCAUUAGAUGAAAGGUCAUUGUACGAUUCGUAUAAACAAUAUUGUCAAGAAUAUGGUUAUAUGACAGCGUCUAAACGAACAUUCUUGGCAAAUGUCAAAAGUCUUUUAGAUGUUCAGAAUGGUGUAUAUACAAAGAAAAUUUUUUCUGAGUAA